UUCGAGCAGUAAUAAUACAUCGAAAUGAUAUAUUUCGUGCCUUUCUUCUUCGUCCUGAAUUACUUCGGUCGUUUGAGCGCCCUCCAGGAUAAUGAUUCUUCCAUCUGCCUACUUACCGAUGCUCCAAAUCAGUGUGGAGCCUUCUGCCUGUCCGCACUGCAUCCUCUUAUCGACGACAAUUUCCACAGCCAGGUGAAGCUGGAUCGGAUUGAGCAAGGAGUGGAAUCCCUGAAGAAUUCGCAAAUCAAGAAUGAAUUUCAGUUGGUCCUUAACAAAAUGGAAAAUCAUAAGAAAUCCAUGCAAACCAAACUGGAUGCACAACUUUUGGUGGUUCAGUUGCUUCUCGCCAAAAUGACAGACCAGGAGACAUCCAUGCAAACCAAGAUGGAUGCCCAACUUCUGGAGGUAAAUAAAAAGCUAGGGGACCAGAAAACAGCCCAUUUUGAUUUCUUUGAGGCGAGAUUAAAUGGAACGGAGGGACAACUACGGAUGCUCGUGACCAAAAUGGAGGCCCAACUAAAGGAGCUUCAAAACAAAACUGAAAACCAACUUCUGGAGCUAAAUAACCAACUAUCGGCCUUUCAGAAAACCCUUCUGGAAAUCCCUUCCACAAUUUAUUAUAAGAUCAAUUAUCCGAAAUUUGAGCGUAUUGGAUCUAGAUAUUUUUAUAUCGAACAUGAUAUUAAGAAAACCUGGGAUGAGGCUGCAGGAACAUGUCGAGAAAUGGGCGGCUAUUUGGCGAAUUUUAAAACCCAAGAGGAACUCGCAGCCAUAAUGCCGAAACUUCAUAGAGUGUGUUGCUGGUACUGGACUGGCAUCAAGCAUUUGAAGGAAGAUGGAAAGUUCAUAUCUACGGCCUCCGGGAAGCCUGCUACAGCUUUUAAGUGGUGGGGGGGAGAACCCGACAGUAAUGGUAUCUGCGUUAUGAUGGAUAACAUUAGUAUGCGUAGGUUCUAUUGUAGUGAUCAAAAGUAUUUUAUUUGCCAAUUGGAUAAUGAAACGUAAUUAGAGGCAAUGGAAUGUUAAGCUAUAUAUUUCUCUUCAAAUGCAUAAAAAAUAUAUAAAAAUGAUUAAAAUAU